AAUGUUUCAGGUUCACCAAUUCUUGUUUGUAGAGUCUCGGAUCGGUCGCACCGUAUCAUUUGAGAUAUUACUGGCAAUUAACCAGCGUACGAUAUACCAUACACUCAUCGUUCUCGCUUAUUUCGUAAAAUUCAGUUCUAAAGCUUUACAAACCGGUCUUUUACGUUGCAAUUCACGCGACGUGAACAGUUAUUGAAAACUGCGAAUGUUUUACGAUCAUAUCGUUCGAACAAAAAAAUGAUUUGACAGCCAAUCGCGAGGUAAUACGCGAAAUAACGGUACUUACGAUUGGCAGACAACCUUUCUUUCGACACGCGUUCGUUUCCAAUUUUGAGAAUCAGAAACGUGACUUGCCAAUGAAAAGAAACAAAUUAUGCGUAUUUGCGGUGAGAAUAUUAGUGAAAAUUAUUUCGAGUUUCUAUAAUACUCGAUUCGUCGUAUUCGAACGACGCGUGAUGGUCUUCGCAAUGUCUCAUUGGAGCACAUUGGAGUAAACGAAAUGAAACAGAAUUGUCGAUAGAACCAUCGUCGCCCUUGGACGAGUCGAGCCUGGGAACGUUCUACCGUUAGUAGUGGGGGUAAAGAGGGGCUGGCUCUAACCGGCGGCGCCUGCAGUGACCGGCUGGUGUCUGUAAGCACCCGGGUGUCGAAAACGUGGAUACGAGAAGUGAAAGCGGUGCUUUCCCUCGAAGAGGUCGACGCCGAGAGCAUUGGUGGCCUCCCCAUUGUCUCGUGGGUGUUAAAGAAAGAUCAUCCGCUUGGUCGCGCGCACCUCUAUUUCGAUUCGUCUGCCUCGUCUCUUCCUCCUCUCUGGUCUGUCUCUCUCCAAGCAACGGGGACAGAUCGGUACGGUGUGACAGCGAUCGACUGGCUACAACACUGCACGGACAACCCUUGCGCUUUUUUUCCCAAGGUUCACGCGGUUUUCCAUGUCAACGACACGCGCGCUUCUGCCAAGGCCAGCGUGCUACGCCCUGCACAGAGCAGCCUCCGUCGUCGCCGUCAACCGACCGCUCCACGUAGUGCUCGUGCUCGUCGUUGACGGCCCGUUCUCUACGUCGUGCCGUCGGUGGUCAACUCUCGGUUCGUCGUUGUGGUCAUCGUGGUUAUCUGUUGGGUGGUCAAAGAAGGCCGGCGAGCAUCCAAGUGCGUUCAGGGCUAUUGCCAGGCCGAGGAGGAGACAGGGCAGCGUCGCUCACGCCAGCCUGAGAUGAGCGACCAUGGCUGCAUACACUUGAAUAAUUUCAAAGCAGCCAAGGGUAUCCAGCCGUACAAAGUGAUACACUCCUAUUUCGUGACCAGCACGUCGACCGAGGCACGCGUAAGAAAGGCUGUAAGCUGCUUAUGUCAUACAUGUAAAACUUACAAAGACCGCCUUCAUUCUUGUCUUCACUGUAUAUUCUUUGGCUGCUAUGUAAAAGGUCAUAUACAGGAACAUGCGAAGACAAAAAAGCAUUUUUUAGCCGUUGACCUUUGUUAUGGAAAUAUUUUGUGCUUCCAAUGCGGCGAUUAUGUAUACGAUAGAGAAUUAUUGACAGUUGCUAAAGCUCAGUGGAGCGAGUCCGCAAAAUCACUGAGUUUUGGAGAAUUUUAUCGAGCAUGGGAACCAACGCAAAUAGAGGCAGAUUUACUAAGGAAACAUCCACGCAGAAGGCGUGUAGUCGAAAAUUCUACCAUAGGUCUAAGAGGACUUAUAAAUCUCGGAAGUACAUGUUUCAUGAACUGUAUUGUACAAGCACUCAUACACACGCCACUAUUAAGAGAUUAUUUCCUUGCUGACCGUCACCACUGCCCACAACCCACUCGUUGCCUGGUGUGCGAAGUGUCUCAUCUUUUUCAGGAAUUUUAUUCUGGCAGUAAAGCACCAUUGACACUUCACAAGCUUCUUCAUUUGAUAUGGACGCAUGCCAGGCAUUUAGCAGGUUAUGAACAGCAGGAUGCCCAUGAAUUCUUUAUAGCUACACUUGACGUUUUGCAUAGGCAUUGCGAAGCAGCGCCGAUUUUAGUAAAAGAUAAUCCACAUCAUUGUAAUUGUAUCAUCGAUCAAAUCUUUACUGGCGGGCUUCAAAGCGAUGUGGUUUGUCAGGCGUGCAACGGAGUAUCGACCACGAUAGACCCAUUCUGGGAUAUAUCGUUGGAUUUGGGACCAGCUGCUAGUGCAUCAGGUUCCGAUAGUUCUGGUCCUCCAACCUCAUUAUUAGAUUGUCUGGAAAGGUUUACGCGUGCAGAACACUUGGGUUCUAGCGCAAAAAUAAAGUGCAGCAAUUGCCAAACUUAUCAAGAGAGCACCAAGCAAUUGACGAUGAAACAGCUCCCUAUCGUGGCCAGUUUUCACUUGAAACGAUUCGAGCACUCUAGCAUUCAGGACAAGAAGAUUUCCACGUUCAUCUCGUUCCCAGAACAAUUAGACAUGACACCUUUCAUGUCGCACAGACGAAACGGUAACAAUAAUAGUGCGAUGAUGGAUGGACUACCAAAGAAUGGAGAGGACAUGGCAUUCAGUGAUAAUAGAUAUUCAUUGUUUGCGGUAAUAAAUCAUGAAGGUUCUUUGGAAACUGGACACUACACUGCCUUUAUACGGCAGCAAAGAGAUCAAUGGUUUAAAUGCGACGAUCAUUUGAUUACAAGAGCAAGAUUAAAAGACGUCUUAACUAGCGAGGGGUAUCUUCUUUUUUAUCAUAAACAAAUUUUGGAGUACGGUCGAAACAACAAGGUGUAAACGUUAGAUCAUGUAAUUAAUUUAUUUAUCACGACGAAUCAUGGGCGGUAGACUUAAGUUCUUUAGCAUCUUAAGAGAUAUAUAAAACAGAUAAUUUCGUAUUGAAAACUGUCUCAUAAAUUUUAUCCGACUUAAAGAAAUUUGCUUAUCGGUCGGACAUGCAUGAUCUGUGCGACAGAAAAUAGAUAUAUAGAAAAACAAUGAAAUGAAGGCCUCAAAAAAGAAAUUUCGAACUCCCGUCCGAAACGAUAUGGUUUAAAAAGUGGUACGGACGAAAAUACUUUCGAAAUUAGAAGAGUGAGUUAACGAAUAACUAUACUGUUACGCUUUGAUCGUGCGAAAAGAUAAAACUAGAAAUUAAUCACUGUUAUAAAUAGUCGAAAUUGAUUGGAUGUCGCUCUGUUAGCAUAGAUGUUUGUCGUGAUGUUCAAACUUUUUCCACCAUUGUGUUUUACGUUCGACGAAAUCUAGGCUAGCGCACAUGGCGAUUGAUUUCCCCGUUCGUAUCCUAAAGUAUUGUAAGUGUAGUUGUAAGAUUAGCUCAAUUUUUUUAAACGACCGAUCGCAUUUUUGUAUAUCGCUGACUAUUGUUAUAUUCCUGCCCUCACACUUGUAUACACGAGGCACCAAGGAUGGAUCACAUGACUCAGAUUUUUACUCUUAACUUUUCUUUUGUUGGCUUAAGAUUGUAUUACAAGUAAUGAAUUAAUAUGUUAGAUCUUGUGUACGCGUUCAAUUAAAACAUGUUCUUCGCGCGAUUCAUCGUGUCAGCCAUCCUUUGGUGAAUCAAUUUUGUACAAACGAAGUAACCUAUAACAAAAGCAAGAGGGGAUAAUGACAUUAUCUGAACAAGGCGAAUUAUGUCGCAUGACUGUAUAAUAAAAAGAGUCACUGUUUGACAAAUUUUUUGUCUGGUUGCCCGUUUUAUUUUUAUUUUUAUUUUUAAUGUAACAAUUUAAAGGUUAACGAUGUUCAAACGGACGAACGGAAGAAAGAUACGUAGUUUCCUGUUAAAGAAUCAAGCAUAUCGCUUUUGAUAAUUUUGCUUAAUUUUCUGUACAGCGGAUUCUACAAAGUGCCAAGCGUUCGAUUGCACUUUUAUUUCUUAACUGUGUGCCUACCAUAGUUAUUAUCAUAGUGCGCUAUUUUUUAACAGAAUAUAUAUAUUCUAUAUUGUGUUCAUUGAGAAAAUUUGCGUUCACGUUUCCCUUAAACACGUAGUUUCGUAUAAUCUUUCUCAUAUUAAAUGAUACCUGAAAGUGAAUCGCAGCAGACGCCUAAUACGAAUAGUGUCUAUCAAUGUUUAACAAACCAUUUUUCGUGUACGUCUUCGUACGUAACGAAAAUAAACGAUCCUAUGUCAAAUUGUUAAAAUUCCACUAAGAGAUUUCUAAAUGUAACUAAUUCUUAAAACAAAAAACAAAUAUGUAACCUACAUAGGUUUAACAACGUACAUACAAGAAUAUUGUACGAAGAAAGAUAAGAAAAAUAGAUGUCGUAAGCAUUGUCAUCGUUCGACAUAUUUACUGAUCGCAUUGCAACUGCAAUGGUGCGUCUAUUCUCGUAAUGUAUUGUGACAUGAUCAAUAAAACUACAUCUGGAAAUUAAAUAUUA